AUGCCUGUGACCUUUGCCCUCUUGCUUCUCCUGAGCCAGGCCACUGCAGACCCCUGCUAUGAUCCAAACGGCCGCCCCCGAUUCUGCCUUCCUCCAGUGACCCAGCUGGCCAGUGUGGCGGCCUCCUGCUCUCAGGCCUGCCCCCUGUCCCCAGGGAAUGCCCGUGCCCGGCCCCCCCGCUGUCACUGCCGCCACCACACCACUGGCCCAGGAUGCGAGAGCUGCCGCCCGUCCCAUCGCGACUGGCCCUGGCGGCCUGCCACGCCCCGGCACCCCCACCCUUGCCUGCCCUGCUCCUGCAACCAGCACGCCCGACGCUGCCGGUUCAACUCUGAGUUGUUCAGGUUGUCGGGCGGCCGGAGCGGGGGUGUUUGUGAGCGGUGCCGCCAUCACACAGCCGGGCGGCACUGCCACUACUGCCAGCCGGGGUUCUGGAGGGACCCCAGCCAGCCGAUCACCAGUCGCAAGGCCUGCAGGGCCUGCCAGUGCCACCCUAUUGGGGCAACAGGAGGUACCUGCAACCAGACCAGCGGGCAGUGCUCCUGCAAGUUAGGGGUCACAGGCCUGACAUGCAACCGCUGUGGUCCUGGCUACCAGCAGAGCCGCUCCCCCAGUAUGCCCUGCCAACGAAUCCCAGAGACAACUGCCACCCUCACUACUACCCCUGGUGCUUACAGCUCUGACCCUCAGUGUCAAAACUACUGCAAUAUCUCGGACACCAGGGUCCACAUGAGCCUCCGGAGGUACUGCCAGCAGGAGUAUGUUCUCAGCGCGCAGGUGCUGGCGUCCGAGGAGGCGGGCCCGGAGUGGUGGCGGCUGGCCGUGCGCGUCCUGGCCGUGUACAAGCAGCGGGCGUGGCCUGUGCGCCGCGGCAACCAGGACGCCUGGGUGCCCCACGCCGACCUGGCCUGCGGCUGCCUGCACCUGCAGCCCGGCGUCGACUACCUGCUGCUGGGCAGCGCGGCGGGCGGCCCCGACCCCGCGCGCCUCGUCCUCGACCGCCACGCCCUCGCGCUGCCCUGGAGGCCGCGCUGGGUCCGGCCACUACGGCGGCUGCAGCAGGAGGAGCGCGCAGGAGGCUGCCGCGGCCUGCGGCCCCUGACACCAACCCCCAGCCAGGAGCACUAG